GGACCGGUAAUCUUCCGCGCUGCCCCGAGAGAGAAAGAGAAAGUUAGAGUGCGCCGUGGUUACAGCUGCCGGGAAGAAGCCAGCGGAGCGAGGCCUUCCGAGGAGCCACCGGCGCCGGAACGAGACUCGCUGGUCUGUUGACAGAGCCAGGAGAACCCAGUCCAGUCCCACGGGCUUGGCUCCAACUGAACGCCCCGCUCCAGCACUCAUCAUCCUCCUAGGACCCAUUCCUCCGGGGCCCGGCUCGCGACGUCCCUGGGAACGACUUGCUGAAGGCCAUGUCCAACCCCUUAAAGCAGGUGUUCACCAAGGACAGAACCUUCCGUCCCAAACGUAAGUUCGAGCCGGGGACGCAGCGGUUCGAGCUCCACAAGAAAGCCCAGGCCUCCCUGAACGCGGGGCUGGACCUGAAGCUGGCUGUGCAGCUGCCGGCCGGCGAGGAGCCCAAUGAUUGGGUGGCCGUGCACGUGGUGGACUUCUUCAACCGCAUCAACCUAAUCUACGGCACCAUCAGCGACAACUGCACCGAGGAGUCUUGUCCGGUUAUGUCCGGAGGCCCCAAGUAUGAGUACCGCUGGCAGGAUGAGCACCGGUACCGGAAGCCGACCGCCCUCUCCGCCCCCCAGUACAUGAACCUCCUGAUGGACUGGAUCGAGGUUCAGAUCAACACCGAAGACAUUUUCCCUACCAACGUCGAUGAUAACACUGUAAGUCUGCGGGACUCGAGAGACGCAUGGAGCGCCGUGGCCGGGCCAGGGGCCGAGGGCUGGACUGUCCGUCGGGUGGCUCGCUGCAGACUCGGCGAGCCAUAGAGCCAAAGCGGGGUCAAGCAGCACUCAGACCUCCUGGACGGCUGAACCCCAAGCUCCUGGAGAGUCCAGGACCAGCCUGGAGCUUGGGGACUCUGCCCCAGUGGGGUGUCUUCCCCCAUCCCCCCAACUCUGGGCACAGGGAGCCCAGCUACGAGGAGCAGGCUGGACUGCGAACGGGCAAUCCUUGGAGACCAGGCUGGCUGGCGGCCAUUGAGGCCAGGACAACGGCAAGGAGGGCCCGUUGAAGCUGCUUAGAUGAAAAUGGUGCAGACGUUAAAAGAACAAAAACAACCAAAAAACCCCCAAAUCCCACCUCCUCGCAGGACACACACCCACUGCCCCCCGCGGUUCCUGGGGAUUGGAGCAAAACGGAGGCCAGUGGAAAGCACGACGGGAUCAACCUCGGAAACCCACGGCAGGGUCAUGUGGAUUGAGCUCGGAAACUCCCUCCUGCUUCUUUAACAUAUGGAACACGGAGGUGCUGCCACGGGAUCUCAGAGAUGCCACCGUCGUGAUCAUAUUCGAGAAGAAAGGCAAAAGAUCAGGUUGCAGGAAUCACCGAGGCAUCUCGUUACUCUCCGUUACUGGCACGAUCCUAGCCGGGAGGGGGUCCCAGGUUCGGCUACUGAAGAGUAACGUCGAGCGAACACUCCCGGGAUCACAGCGGGGUGCAGUGCACUGGAUUUUCGCUGCGCGACAGAUAUGGGAAAGGGGCAGGGAGCAGCACCGAGACCGUACACAAGCACCUGACACUGUCAGUGCAUCUGAAGUCCGGAAGUCCCUCAGCCAGUUUGACUGUCCCGCUAAAUUAAUCGACAUCCAGAGGUUACUUCGUGACGGCCUGGCCGGCCGGAUCACAACUGAGGGUAGGUACCCUGUCCCGUCCGUUCUCCAUGGCCAGUGGAGGAGAGCGGGGAGGCGCGGUGGGCCCGGUCCCUUUGAGCAGAUUCUCUGCAGCUGUGCUGGAGGACGCAACGAGAGGCUCGGGCGUAGGGGUCAGAAUAUGCCGCCGCCCCUUUGGGAAAUGCUUCCAACCCCAGACUUGGAGCAGUAGUGACAGUCAUUCAAGCCCCCUGUAUGCAGUGACUGUGGCCUUAGAGGUCCAUUCCAAGUCGACACACCGGUGAGUUUGAACUGCUUUACGGGAUCGGCCGGGUGCUACGGGCUGACGAGAAGUCUAAAGAAAACCGAGGCGACGGAUCAACCUGCCCCAGGGAAGCCGGGCCCACAGCCGAAAACUAAAUGCUCUCACCAAAUUCUAGUACUUAGGCAGCACGCCGACCGAUGACACGGCAAUAAAAACUCAGCAUGUUCCUUGGGAGGCUGUCGUAGAGAAGGUGGAGGCAGCCUGGAAUCGGGAUCCAGGCCACACGAAAGAUCCACAGAACUGUGGUGCCGUCCAGCCUGCUCUCUGGCCUGGAGACCCGGACUCCCCAUGCAGACACCACGUCUGCCUCCUGGAACGGUGGCGUCGGCGGCACGUAGAGGCUGUACCCAACACCGAAUGAUGACGGGAGAAUCACACACAAGCCGGGUCCUGGAACGAAGGCAGGCUCCUGGCGCUGAAUCAUGUUCCUCUUAAUCGCAGCUCUGUUGGGUGAGACCCAUGAGGAGAACGCAUAACAGCAGGAUAGCCAACACUGCCGAAUGGGGAGCCAAAAUCAGGAAACCGAAAGCCAGGAGGGCAGCGGAAGCAUUUUAAGGACACGGGAAAUUAGAGCCUGAGUCUACACUGCAUCUCAACUGAAAACUGGGAAUCGAUCGCCAAGGCGAGAAGCCUCACAGCCUAGUGGAUAGAGCCUGGGCCUGGAAGUCGGAAGGACCUGGGUUCUAAUCCCGGC